AUGGCAUCCAAAAGCGCCACCAUGCUCGUACGGAGCCGAUCAGUUCUACGCCCUAGUUACAUCUGUCCGCAAUGCCGCUUCUACUCGACUCCAUCACCGACUACUCUGCCAGCUCCGCCGCUGCUUCUCAAGCUCAAGGGAGAUCUCAAGACAGCCAUGAAAGCGAAAGACACGAACCGCCUCAACGCAUUGCGUGGUCUGCUAGCAGAAGUGACCAACCAAGCAAAGACAUCGAACCCGAUCAAGACAGACAUGCAAAUGCUGUCUUUACUCAGAAAGCGAACGGCCGCUGCCAAAGCUGCGGGGGACGAGUUCAAGGCAGCGGGACGAGAAGACUUGCUCGAGAAAGAGGAGGCACAGGCUUCUAUAUUUGAGGAGUAUGCUGGUGGGGUUGAGACGAUGCCGGAAAGCGACAUCAAGGAUGCAGUGACCAAGGUCAUAGAUGAGGUCAAGGCUGUUGCAGAGGGCAAGGUCAAUAUGGGCGAUGUGCUGAAGAAGAUCUUGGGUCCUGGAGGCAGUUUGGAGGGAAAGCCAGUGGACCGCUCUGAGGUGGCGAGGAUCGUGAAGCAGGCUCUUGGUCAGUGA